AUGAGAUACGCUUUCGUUCCCCUCGCGUUCGGUCUCGGAGCCAACGCCUACGUCGCUCGUGCAAACACACAAUGCUUCAAGCUCUCAGCAUCUGGCGGCGCAUCAGGUGUACUCGGUCAGCUCGACGAUGGUCAGAACCGUAUUGGCGGCAACCACCCAACCGGCUGCUACUGCUUGGAUGGAAACGGCGGCUUCACUGAUUCCAAUGGACGUGGCUGCAUCUUGACUCCCCCUACUACCCAGUUCCAGUGCGAUGUUGGCGCUACCCCCACCAACGGCUUCGCUGUCAGCUCCAGUGGCAGUGUCACAUACAAUGGCUCAGGCAAAUUCUAUGCCUGCCCUGUAAAUGACAACGGCGAAUACAACGUCUACACAACCCCUGCUCCCGGUCAGACUAAGUGCGUUGAGAUUUCUCUCGGGUCUGCUGGUUCAUGCGGAGCUAGUGCGUCCCAACCUGCUGCAUCUAAGCCUGCUGGUUCCUAUCCUGCUGCUACUCCUCCCGCAGCUACCAAGACGAAGCCUUCCGAGACUCCUAAGCCUACACCUGAGGCCCCCAAGCCUACACCUGAAGCUCCCAAGCCUAGCAUGCCCGCGCCCCAAGAGUCCGAGUGUGUACCCAAGGUCGUUACCGUCACUGUCACCCAGCCUAUGGCCCCUCCUGCUUCCAUGCCUGCUCCCUCCCAACCCGCUCAGAGCAAGCCUGCUCCUCCACCAGAGUCGAUGCCUGCCCCUCCUGCUUCCAUGCCAGCUCCCUCCAAGCCAGCUCCUUCUGCGCCAGCGCCUUCUAAGCCAGCUGCCUCUGGUGCCUGUCCCCAGGACCUCAACGGCAAUUAUCAGUAUCCUCAUCUGAUUGUACCCGUUGACUCUGAGCACCCCGACAAGGCCUAUGGCACCUCGUACAACGGCACGAUCAGCGCCCACAUCUGCACUAUCUUCAACUUCGAUAUCCCUGCCUCUUACGCCGGUAAAACUUGCUCUGCCAUGUUCAUGCUACCCAAGAGGGAGGACCUUGAGACCUCUGACUACACCAUCUCUGGUCAAGGAGAAUGUACUGUCAGUAAGCUCAAGGGCAAUGCCAACGCACAGACUACUUGGAGCAACGCUCCUGCUAAGGCUGGGGAUCUUGCUUCCGUGGAGCUCAGCCCCGGCAACACCUACACCGUCGAGUCUGGCGAUUGCGAACCUGGUAAGACUGUGAGCUACGAGAUUUGCGGCAGCGGUGACUUCUCCAUCAACUACUUCCAGGAUUACAACCCAAGCCCCAUUGGCAUGUACAUCCGCCAGUGCUAG